UGCUCAUCAUAUUUAAAUGAACAUACAAACCCACGAACCUUCAGCUUGACUUUCUCUCAGCUAUCAAAUUUUAUUUUUCCUAUUUUACUAGCAUUUGAUUUUCCUCAUGUCAAUCCACUAGAAAGUUCUCUUCAUAUUGCACUAUUAUACAAUAAUCUCGUGACUGUAAAACCCAAGAUUUUUCUCCCACUUCCUAUCCCUCUUUCCAUAGACAAUUCCCAGUUGAGAAAAACGCGUAAAAAUGUGGUUUUGCUUACCAUCUUCUUCAUUUGUUUUUGUGUCCAAAUUGCCCAUUUUGUGAUUUCAAGAAAUCCAACAGAUCGAGGUCCAAGUUAGCUCCUCUCUCAAACUUGACAUUAAAUUAUUUUUGCUUCAGUUUUACUUCAUCAAAUUCGGGUUUCUAUCAUAUAUCUGAUUCUAUUGUGCUUGAUUCCUGUGGAUUGUAAUUCAAUAUUUGUUCAAUUUCUGGGUUGAUGGUCUUUGGCUUUGUCAAUUUGUUAAUUUUCAUAUUUGGGUCUUGAUUAGAUGAUUGUUUAGUUGUGUUGGAAAAUUUGACUUUUGGUUUCAGUUUUCAAAUGAAUACUGAUCAUUUUAUGUCAAUGGACAAGAAAGGGGUUAGGAGAAAGAAACCAUGAUGGGUUUGUUUUGUAGAUAGUCUGAAUUGGGUGCCACUACUCUAGUUCAACUUUGAAUCUUUAGGCUUUUAAUCACUUAUAGCAAGUAUUCUUCUGAUUUGGGAAGCUGCAAUCAUCAUCUCUUGUAUCAUUCAUUUGCAGGUUGUUUCCUAUCUCCCAUCUUCUUGAUUCCUCAUUUUUGGGAAGAGGCAGUGCUUAAAUUUGUGGGUCUGAAUGGUCUCUUUACUUCUUGACAGUCUGGGUUUGUGUAUUUAGACCUUUUCCAGUAACAUCACGGUAGAAUUUUGGGUUAGGCGGGGGAUUAUCAGGCGUCUUGGUAUCUUCUACCUCCAUUGUUGUUGAUUUAGCUGGAUUGAAUUCCCCCCUUAUUGUUCUUAUCAGCUUCUGUUGAUUGACAAUGCAUAAUUCCUCAUUGGGAGGUUCUUUGUCAAAUAGAUUUGUGUCUCUCCAUUAGGGGAUUUAGGUUUUUCAAACAAGUGAUUCGGGUACCAUCCAACUUAACUGGGUCUGUUUUGAUUUUCACAAUUUUUGUGGGGCUUAUUCAAGGUGUACGGUGGAGGCUGUAUUUAUUUUUAAAAAUUUAUCAUGGGGGAUUGUGAAUCUAUGAUUCCGGUCAAUGAUGGAGAACAACAUGUGUUUGCUGCGGCUCAGCACAUUGUAAAGGCAUUAGCGGCAAGUAGGAACCUGAAUAAUGAUAUGAGAAAAUUACUAGUCGAUCUUGACCUCCAUCUGUCUACAAUGACCAAGAUUAGUGAGAGUGAAGCUUUAAGUACUCUUGAGCUAGAAGAAACGCUAAAAAAUGCCGAGAAAAAGAUCAUGAAAUGGCAUUCAAACCAGUCCAUGAUAUGGGAUUUGGGUCCUCAGGAAGCUUCAGAGUAUCUUCAGGUUGUUGAUGAAGUUCGAAAGUUGACAGAAAGUUUGGAAAGCUUGCUUGUAAACAGAAAUGAGAAACAGAAAGAACUCUUUAAUAAAGCUCAUAGUGUUUUGCAGGUGGCAAUGGCAAGGCUUGAGGGAGAAUUGAUCGACAUUCUUGCUCGGAAUAGGCAAUCUUUUGAUCCUGAACAUUUGUCUUUCCGUUCUUGUGAAGAGACUGCUGUGGAUGAAAAAUCAAUAGUUUCAACUGGGGAUGAUUCAGUUGAGGACACACCUCGGCGAGAAAACAGUACUACUGAAUCUGAGGAAUGUAUGGUUGAUUUGGUCUGUUCGCAUGCAAUUAUUGAUAUCAAGUCUAUUGCUAAUGUAAUGUUUGCCUCAAGAUUUGGCCAGGAAUUUUGCCAAGCUUUCAUUAGCUUCUGGAAAAAUGCAUUGGAUGAUUAUCUCAUGAUGCUUGAUGUGGACAUGCUCAGCAUCGAGGAUGUGUUGAAAAUGGAGUGGGAGAGCUUGUAUAGCAGGAUCAAUAAAUGGCUGAGGGCAAUGAAGAACACCAUUCGGUUUUAUCUUGCCAAUGAGAAACGACUCUUUGAUCAAGUCUUGGGAGAAUAUGGAUCUGCUAGCUUAACUUGUUUCGUUGAGACCUCAAAAUCUUCUAUUUUAUGCCUCUUGAAUUUUGGUGAAGCCAUAGUGGUUAGAACGUAUCAGCCAGAAAGCCUUUCUUGCUUACUUGAUAUAUAUGAUGUUCUAGCGGAUCUUCUUCAAGAUAUUGAUGCUUUGUUCUCAGAUGAGGCUGGUUCCUGUAUCAGAAACGAGUUUCACGAGCUUUUAACGAGAUUAGGUGAAUCUGCAAGGGCAGCAUUUGUCAAAUUUGGGAAUCGAAUUGCCUCAGAUGCUUCAAUAACACCUUUCCCAAAAGGUGGUGUUCACCAUCUCACCAGGUAUGUCAUGAAUUACAUCAACCUCCUUGCAGAAUAUGGUGAUACACUGAAUUUGCUUCUUGAGCAAGAGGAGGAGAAUAUGGAAUCACUUGUUAAUGCGGACGUGCAGGGCAUUUCUUCCUACAAUUUUUGCCCAAUGGCUUGCCGUUUGCGAUUCCUGACAUCCAUUCUAGAAGCCAACCUGGACAAGAAGUCUAAUUUAUAUGGAGAUGUCGCUUUAAAGCAUAUCUUUAUGAUGAACAACAUCCACUACAUGGUUCAAAAGGUUAAUGGCUCUGAAGUUGGGACAUAUUUUGGUGAAGAAUGGAUCCGGAAGCACAUUAGGAAAUUCCAGCAGCACGCGACAUGCUAUGAGAGAGCCACUUGGAGCUCAGUACUUUCUGGGCUUAUGGAUGAUGGGACCAGGGGGAAGGCAAUUCUUAAGGAGAGGUGCAAGGGUUUCUGUAUUUCCUUUGAGGAUGUAUACAAAUGUCAGACAGGAUGGUCUGUUCCAGAUCGUCGGCUUCAGGAAGACUUGCGAAUUUCAGCUUCACUAAAAGUAGUCCAUGCCUACAGGGCCUUCAUUGGUAGAAUUGCCACUUCUAUCGGUGACAAGCACAUUAAGUACACUGAAGAAGAUGUCGGGAAUUAUAUCUUGCAUCUCUAUGAAGGGUCUCAAAGAUCCUUGCACCAUCCCCGAAGGAGGUGAAAGUCGAAUAGAUUCCGAGUUUUUGUCUUCCUCCCUCCUUCCUCCUUGCUUCAUGCUUUUCCUUUGUAGUUUGUUAUAGAAAGAAAUGUGUUUAUAUCAUGUGACUGCAGUCUAAACUUCGUGGUGCAUGUUUAUUGGAGUAUUGUUUCUCUCUGUCUAUCCUUUUCUUUCUGUGAUGUUGUCACUAUGUAAUACAUAUAUAUAGAUUUGUGCUUAUAGUCAUGAAUAUUUGAACAAAAAUGUUGUUCACUAAUAU